AAUCAAUCUAAAUGGUUAAUUCUUGGAUAAGUAGCGGUGGCAUAAUCCACGUCGAUAGGGUUGUCGACUCGGAAUCAAAAAAUAUAUACAUGGGAGAUACAGAAUCUUGCAGCAGCGGAAUCUUCAAUUCAGGAUGGAAUCAAUGUCCGAAACAGAAGCACAAGGUUGGAGUCUACAACGAGGUUUUAUGUAGGCUUAAGGAAUUGAAUGUCGCAGAGGCUGUGGUUCCUGGUUUCGAGGACGAGCUUUGGGCGCACUUCUAUCGCCUUCCCACUAGAUAUGCAUUGGACAUGAACGUGGAAAGGGCCCAAGACGUUCUUAUGCAUAAAAGAUUACUGGACAUCGCACGAGCCCCAACUACAGCAACCGGACCUGCCGUACAAGUUCGUCUUGUACAGAUUGGUUCUACUGCUGCUGAUCGUUCUAGUAAAUCAUUUCUUUCACACUCACAAAGUAAAGUUUGUCCUGAAGAUUCCGGUAUUCCGGGCAACAUGAGCUUCCAUCCUCUCCCGGCCUUCGGUUCAUCAGCUAAUGUGGAACUUACUCUUGGCAAGAGGCAAUUACAAGUUCGAGACAGAGAUAACUACUUGAAUUUUUAUGCACAUUAUGCCGGGCCCAUGCAUGAAAUCACAAUUUCAACAAAUGACAAGCCAAAACUUCUUUGCCAGUUGACUUCCUUAUUAUCUGAGACUGGACUGGACAUUCAAGAAGCACAUGCUUUUUCAACAAUAGAUGGCUAUUCAUUGGAUGUUUUUGUUGUUGGUGGUUGGGUAGUAGAGGGGACAGAGAAAUUAAAACAUGAACUAGUUAAGAAAAUUCAAAAGCUCCAGAUAAUCAUUUAUAAGUUAUUUUUCUGGGAGGACAUUUGGAAGCAACUUCAAUUGAAAGAAAAUGGGAGUCUUAUUACUGCAAAGCAAGAGCAAACCAGGAUGAACUUUAUUUGGAGAAUUGGUGCUGGGUGUUUGAGAUAUGAAAAAAUAAUUGCAUCUGGACCUUUCAGUGAUUUGUACAAAGGUACGUUUUGCAAUCAAGAUGUAGCUAUCAAGGUCCUUAAGCACGAGAAUUUUAAUGAAAAUAUACAAAGGGAAUUUGCUCAGGAAGUGUAUAUCUUAAGUAAAAUUCAUCACAAGAAUGUUGUCAAAUUUGUUGGGGCUUGUACAAAACCCCCAAACCUAUACCUUGUAACAGAAUACAUGUCUGGUGGAAGUAUGUUCGACUUUUUGCAUAAACAAAAGACUGUCCUUGAUCUUCCAUCUUUACUCAAAGUAGCCAUUGAUGUUUCUGAAGGAAUGAAAUAUUUACAUCAAAAUGAUAUCAUACAUCGGGACCUCAAAGCAGCUAAUCUUUUGAUAGAUGAGAAUUGGGUAGUUAAGGUUGCCGAUUUUGGUGUAGCUAGAGUUCACAAUCAGUCUGGUAUCAUGACUGCAGAAACUGGAACUUAUCGAUGGAUGGCUCCAGAGGUUAUUGAACAUAAACCAUAUGAUCACAAAGUCGAUGUUUUUAGCUUUGGCAUUGUUCUUUGGGAGCUACUCACAGGAAAGCUUCCUUAUGAACAUUUGUCCCCAAUGCAAGCAGCAAUUGGAGUGAUGCAGAAGGGUUUAAGGCCUAGAAUUCCAAGGCAUACUCAUCCAAAGUUAGUGGAAUUGCUUCAUUGGUGUUGGCACCAAGAUCCAUCUUCAAGACCCAAUUUCUCAGAAAUUUUGGAUUUUUUACUGCAUGUGACCAAGACGAUAUGUCGAGGGGAAUCUGAACAAAUUUUAUGUCACAUUAAAAAGAAAAAUUGAAGUUUCCAGAAUGCUACUUCCUCUUAACAUGUUAUCUAGGCAUCUCUUAACAUGACAAGAGGCUAAGUGCACAGGUAAAUGUAAGAUUUCUGAAUUUAAAAGUUUUUUAUUGGAAUCUUGAACCCCUAAUUUACAAAUAUGAAGUUGUUUUGCCCAUUGUUAGUAAGAUGUAUAUAAACUUGGAUGUGCAGCUAUUUCUCAUUAAAACAAGCAAAAGUGUAAAUGAUAGUAAGAUGAUCCACACGUAAGCGA